AUGCGACGUGCCCUCCAUGUAGCUCAAGUAAGAGGACUGGCCACGGGGCAAUGCAGGCCUCGUGUACAGGCAUCUAGAUCAAUAAUUAGACCAAGAGAGGAACCCUUCCGAUCUAGCGUUAUGUUAAUACUUCUCGGAUUACUAUGCCUCUACACUGGCCUCUAUGUGGCCCGGACGUAUUGGAGAUUAAGGCACUUUCCCGGCCCGCUCGUAGCGCGGUUUACGGAUCUAGGAAGGCUUUGGUGGGUCAAAACCUCUCGCUCGCACCACCACCAUAUGGGUUUACACAGUCGCUAUGGCCAAUAUGUUCGGCUAGGGCCUAAUAUGAUAUCUAUCUCGGACCCCGAUGCCAUUCCGCUGGUAUAUCCGAUUCGCCCAGGGGUUCCAAAGAGUGAUUUUUAUCGGUCAAUGAUGCCAUACACCAGGAAAGGCCGUUCAUUGCCGCUUGUAUUCAAUACGCGGGAUGAAGACCUUCAUAAAAGACUCAAGACUCCGAUUGCACACCUGUACUCCUUGUCUAAUAUCCUGACGUUCGAGGCGUUUGUCGAUCAGGUUCUUGAGAUCUUGUUUCGCCAAUUUGAGGAGCGAUUUGUUCCCGAUCAGGCGCCCUUCAACCUCGGAAACUGGCUGCAGUAUUUUGCAUUUGACGUGAUGGGGACUAUGUCCUUCUCUCGGCGUUAUGGUUUCCUAGAGAAGGGGCGAGACGACACGGGUCUCCUUUCCGCUAUCUGGGCCUUUAUGAAGGCUGCUGCACCGGUCACGCAGAUGCCAUGGGUUGACUUGGUGUGGAAUAAGAACCCCUUCAUCGCUCUAUUUCGGGCUACACCAGCACAGCCGAUCUUGAACGUUGUGCUGUCAAGGAUCAACGACCGACGAAAUGAGCUCUACAGUACUACGAGUACUCCGGAGAAGGUAAAUGAAAGGGACUUUCUGUCCCGGUUUAUGCACAUCCAGUCGAACAGCGACACUAUUCCACCAUGGGCUGUGACAGCGUGGUCAUUCUCUAACGUGAUAGCGGGCUCUGACACGACCGCUGUGGCUAUGAAAACACUGUGGUAUAACUUACUCUUGCAUCCAGCGACCAUGCAUCGCCUGCGCAAGGAGCUUGUCCAAGCCCAGCAGCAGUCGAAGCUGUCUCACCCGUUCCCGGCAUGGAACGAGAUUUCCGGAUUACCGUACCUCAAUGCUUGUGUCAAUGAAGCGCUCCGGAUACAUCCACCAUUCUGCCUUCCCUUCGAACGAAUCGUUCCCGCAGAAGGGAUGACUAUUGGCGAUCAUUUCUUCCCCGGUGGGACAGUGAUUGGUAUGAACCCUUGGGUAAUCAACCGCCAUCGGCCAACUUUCGGCGAAGACGCGGACGCCUGGAGACCUGAAAGAUGGCUCGAGGAUCCAGCUCGCACGCGGCAAAUGGAGAACACUCUUCUAAGCUUUGGCGCUGGGAGGCGAGUGUGCCUUGGGAAAAACAUUGCGCUGUUAGAGCUGAAGAAGCUCACCUCCGCUCUUGUGCUUCAUUACGAGUUGGAGAUCGUAAAUCCUGAGAAGUUCCAGUCCCAGAAUUUCUUUUUCUUCAAGCAAGAAGGGUUAUACGCGGCGGUCAAGAGACGGUCAGCAGGUUCGCCAGAGCUUUACCCGGAUGAUGCCGUUCCUCAUUGA